CUGGCUCAUACGCUCUGUAGGCCUGAGCGCCCCCGCCGGGCUACACCCUCUUUUUUUGGGCUACGCCGCACACGUGCCAUUUAUGCAUGGUAGACAAGGCUGCGGCCUGUUUUAUAACCCAGCACCCAAGGCUAAUAAUCAGACAGAUACCAUCCCACAUACCUCUCCCCCAUGGCCAUCAUCAUCAAACCCACACCCCCACCACUCCAUCCAAUACUACCAUGCAGAGCAAAGAGGCCACCCUUGCAACUACCUCCGUCACCCCUCGUGUGUGGACAACCGGGGUCCAGUGAUGCCCCCUGUCCAACGGACGUCUUUCCGUAUCUCCCCGCCGAGUUGCAUCUCCGAAUCAUUGAAACCAUCGCUGCGCGCAUUCCGUCCAUCCCAAACAGCGAACAAGGAUACGACCCCCUAGAUCUUGCGACACUCUGCGCAUGCUCACUCGUGUGCAAACUAUGGCUGAACACCGCACGCACAGGAAUAUGGGCAGGUGUAAGACUCAGCGGUCGAUUGAGAAGCAUGGCAUUCAUCGACUUGUUGGAGGCAUACGCCUGCAGUUACGGUUUAGGCCCAACUGCUUGUAACGAUACAGAAGAUGUAUUCCACGAGAAGCGGUGUGGACGGGGCACAUUUUCUAUUCCGAGUUUCGCGUCCCAUAUCGUGUACUUCUCUGUCCGCGAGACUCGCGGAAAUCCAUGGGAUCCCAAGUGGCUCAAUGAUGGAUUGCCGUAUCUCGCAGCCCACCUGAUGCGUGUCCACACGAUCGAAUUGGAGCGAGUGACGUGGGAGUAUCUCUCUUCACGUUCUCGCAAGGCUUGUUUGGAGAGUUUCAGACAUGUCAAAGAACUCACGCUGUGUGGAUGCACGUUCCGCACCGCAGCGGAUAUGUGCGAGUUCCUAGCUGAAUUUGACAAGUUGGAGACGUUGACACUUGAUGGGAUACACUACUCGAGAUUGGAUCCACCGCAGUGGUAUCUUGAUACCUGGGCAGACGGACAGAAGUGCAUCAGAUUGCCCCCCGCUGCGUUGAAGGCGGUUGGCAUGAGAGGAGCACCGAUGGAGACAGUAUUGGAAUGGAUCAUGUCAGGUAUUGAAUAUCGAAAGGAGACUAACGACACAAAAAUUACGAGUGUGAAGCUGGGUGGUGUGGGAAUUGCUGAGGCAGAAGUCGUAGGAAGGUUCCUAAGGGAGGUGGGAGCAAGCUUGCGGGAACUUCGUGUGGGAUUCGAUCAAGACUUCGUAGAGAGAGGAGACGCUUUCAUAGACCACAUAGACCUUGGACAGAAUGUCCGACUAGAAGAGUUGCACAUUUUCGGUCUUGUCGUUCCUUCGCCGCCUCUGCCGGAUCCACUAGAGGAGGAACCUGAAGACCAGUCUGCAUCGCUGACUCAACUGACAUCGCUUUUAUCAUCGAUACGGUCGCCGAUGCGGGUACUUUCAUUAGCGAUGUACCCGGCAGAUAUCCGCGCGAUGUCGACAGUUGAUUUCGAAGGGUUGGCUGGUGUGUUCAAGAAGUCCGAGUGGGCAGCAGUGGAGGAGGUGCGGGUUGUGAUAUCGAACAAGGGCGAGUGUGGGCUGGGCAGAGUCGUCAAACAGCAGCUGAGCGUCCUCGACAACAGAGGCGUCCUCAGGGUCAGCGUCGGGUUCGACGAGCGACAAGUUCUGUAGUACCGUAUUAGUGAUUAUGUAAUUCAAUUAUGGUCUUGAUA